UGGGCCACAACAAAACAUUCCUCGCGUUACCUCGGCAGUUCUUCCCCCCACACACAAGCUCGCAUUUUUGGGCUGUGAAGAGUUGUUUUGAGAAUGAAGCUGCGGUGUUUCGUCGUCGCUCUGUGCGUCGGCGUGGGUGCAAUGGCCGGGAAAUACUCCCGUGACGUUAACGAGCCCGAGCCGCGCGACGAUGGGCAGCCGGUGGAGUUCAGGAUCGCUAAGCUGAACCAGGUGUGGGAGAAGGCGAAACGGAUGCAGUUGUCCCCCGUGAGGCAGGCCGAGCUGCACAGUGACAUCAAGAUCCAGGAGAAAAAUGAGCUGCAGUGGAAGAAGGUGAAGGUGGAGGGGCUGGAUGAAAACGGGGAGAAAGAGGCCCAGCUCCGGCGCAACUUCAACGUGAUCCUGGCCAAAUAUGGGAUGGAUGGGAAAAGAGACACUCGGCCGCUGGAGAGCAACCACCUGAAGGACUACGAAACCCAAGAGGGCGACACCUUUGAAGACCCGCGGCUCGACAAGCUGUGGAACAAGGCCCAGAGCUCCGGGAAGUUCUCCGACGAGGAGUUGCUGAGUCUGAAGAGAGAGUUCCAGCAUCACAAGGACAAAACCUACGAGUACAACAUCCUGAUGGACACCGUGAGCCGGACCGAAGAAAUACACAAGAACGAGAUCUCGUCCCUGGAGGGCGACGCCAAGGAACACGUGCUGCACCAGAAACACUCGGACCUGAAGCAGAAGAUGAGGGACCUCGGCCGGGCCUUCGAGCGCCUCCGCAAGAUCAGCCACGAGGGCUUCACCGAGGACAGCGAGUUUCGGGAGCCCCGUGUGAUCGAGCUGUGGGAGGCGGCCAAGAGGGCGAACCUCAGCGCAGACGAGCUGGACUCUAUGAAGGAGGAGCUCCGUCACUUUGAGACCAAGGUGGAGAAGCACAGCCACUACCAGGAGCAGCUGGAGCUCUCCCACCAGAAGCUGCGCCACGUGGAGUCGCUCGGAGACGCGGAGCACAUCAAGAGCAACCGGGAGAAGUACGACACGCUGGCGGGGAAGACGAGGGAGAUGGGCUACAAGAUGAAGAAACACAUGCAGGACUUGUCCAACAAGAUCUCCCGCGAGGGACUCGGCCACAACGAGCUCUGAGACUGAAGAGAUAAUAUAAUAUAAUUAUAUUAUCACCUUCCAUGAGAAAUACAUAAGUUUUCUACUUU